GGUGAGAAGGUACGGCUUUGCUUUCAUCUGGAUCGAAGUGUUGUUUUAGGAUCAACGGGGCAUAAUCCUUCAUUAGGGCAUGUACUGUUGUUUCCUCCUUUACCUAUAUUUUCCACGAAUUCUGUGUUCAUACUUUCGAUGGACACUGUUCGAAUUGGCGUCUGUCACGUGGAUGGUAGAUUCUUACAGUGCAGGCCGAACAUAAUAAGUAGUACCUGAAACUUGGAAUUUGGAGGUAACUAUCGCAUCGAACAUCUUCAAAAGAGACCGUCCACAGACAUUUCGUGAUUUAGAAUAGCCAAUAUUCUUUGUUACCAGUCACUAACGAAUUCAUGUAAUUAUGGUAAACGACAGUCCACCAUCGUGCAGUUCCCCAAUCAUCGACAUAGGAUCCAAUGAAUGUCCUGCAAAAAUGCAACUCCUCACCAACAUUGCUUGUGAAGUAUGUUGUGACUACAGCACUGGGAAGCAUUAUGGAGUUUACGCUUGCGAUGCAUGUGCGGCUUUUUUCCAACGAUCAAUCCGGCAGCGUCGUCAAUAUGAUUGUACAUUAGGCAACCUUGGCAGCUGCAUUGUUGAUAAAGAACACCGAAAUCUAUGCCGAGCAUGUCGACUUAGGAAGUGUUUUGAAGCUGGUAUGAAACAACAAGCCGUUCAGCGUGAACGAGGGCCUCAGGCCUUCGCAAUUCAGCGCCAGAUCGACUUACAAAAUGAAAUCAUCGCUUCUGAAAUGGCUGCCAACCUUGAUAGUGACGCUUGCGAGGUGUGUCCAGUGACUACCCGCAACAAUACGGUUCCACCUCCUACUAUGCAGAGGUUCAUGUACCGCCGCGGCAGUGUUAUUCACCGACCUUAUCUUAUGGAACCAGCUCCUAAUGCGGAUGAUAUAAGUAUUCACGAAAUAGCAGCUGAACUUCUAUUCGACAACAUUCGUCAAUCCAAAAUCGUGGGGAGGUUUAGAGAGCUCUGCAUUUCAGAUCAGCUCCUCCUAAUCGAUGGAUCUUGGAAGGAGCUAUUCGUUUUGUCGAUGAUCCAAUAUAUGAUGCCAGUAGAUAUGGAACAACUUCUACGUGAUUACCUUGCAGAAGACAGAUUCGAUUUCUUUAUUCAUCGACUAGGGGAUGAUGUGAAAGCCAUUAGUUCCUCUCUGCGAUAUAUUCAGAGCUUACAACUAAAUGCCCAAGAAUAUGACUUACUACGUCCUAUUUUCCUAUUUCAAAGGGUUAUCAUGGAGGGGUUAAUAACGACUUAUACCAUUUGUGAGCAAUUAGGUACGGAAACGAGAUUGCGGGAAGGACCAAAAAUAUAUAAAAUGUUCGAAAUAGCUUGGGCCAAUCUUACAAAUUAUUUGAUGUGCUUACGGCCAGAUAGAAAUCGCCUCAAUGAAGUGAUCCAAGUCAUCCAACAAUUGCGAAAGGUCCCUCUUUAUGCAAUCGAAGAAUUGUUUUUUCGAAAGGUAGCAGGGACUAAACCCUUAAUGCAGCUAAUCUCUGACUUGUAUCUGGACCACAAGAUGUAGUAUUUUCUCAUAGUUGUAUAUUAAGCAACAAAGUCUGUCUGUGAUAAUAAUAAGUACAUGUAGUAAUAUUAACUCAAGUGUUAAUUAAUAGUCCAAUCCUUUUUCCAAAAGAUAGGCUGUUUUAGAUUUCGAAAAUAGGACUCAGUGGGGAGUAUUUAUUGGAAAUAUUUAAAAAAAUGUAUUUAACUAAUCUAUUCAACUGUUACCAGAUAAUUGUUUACGUAAUAACUAAAUUCGUAAUUGUAUACAAAUUAAUGUAAAAAUUUACAGCAGACUCGGUUUGGUUUUUAAAAAUCUAGAAAAAAUGAAGCACUAUCAAGAUACUUUCUAAGUAUGCUUUGGGACAUACAUACAUUAAAAGCAUGUUAACUAAUUCUUACUAUUUUUUCAUAAUUUUACUCACUAAUUGAAAAUUUGUAAACUUUUUGCUUUUAAGAAAAUAAAAAUAAAAAGAAUGCAGUUUUUCGGUACA